AUGUCUGAGCUUUCGCACCCAAUGAUCAAGGACGGCUGGUUCGCCGAGGUUAGCGACACCAUGUGGCCCGGCGAGGCCAUGUCGCUCAAGGUGAACAAGGUUUUGUACUCCAAGAAGUCCAAGUACCAAGAUGUGCUGGUGUUCGAGUCCUCUAACUAUGGUAACGUCUUGGUUCUGGACGGAGUCAUCCAGGCCACCGAAAGAGACGAGUUUGCCUACCAGGAGAUGAUUGCCCAUCUUGCUCUGAACUCCCAUCCAAACCCUAAGAAGGUGCUGGUCAUUGGAGGAGGAGAUGGUGGUGUCCUUAGAGAAGUCGUCAAGCACGAGUGUGUCGAGGAAGCCGUUCUGUGUGACAUUGACGAGGACGUCAUUGCCGUUUCCAAAAAAUACCUCCCAGAGAUGUCCAAAUCUUACUCCCACCCAAAGGUCAGAGUCCAUAUCGGAGACGGUUUCAAGUUCUUGGACGACUACAAGAAUUGUUUUGACGUGAUCAUCACCGACUCCUCGGACCCAGAAGGUCCUGCAGAGUCUCUGUUCCAGAAACCAUACUUCCAGCUUCUUAACAACGCUCUCACCGAGAAAGGUGUCAUCACCACUCAAGCAGAGAGCAUCUGGUUGCACCUCAACAUCAUCAAGGACUUGCAAAAGGCAUGUAAGGAUGUUUUCCCGGUUGCAGAGUACGGUUACUGCACCAUUCCAACCUACCCAUCCGGCCAGAUUGGAUUCAUGGUGUGUUCCAAGGACGCCAAGGCCGAUGUUACCAAGCCACUGCGGUCUGUUGACGACGCAACCGAAAGAAAGCUUUACAAGUACUACAGCAGCGACAUUCACAAGGCUGCUUUUGUGCUCCCAAGUUUCGCUAGAGACGCUCUGAAUUAA